UCAAAUAGAGGACAACUUCCUCCCGUCCUGUUAAAAAAACACAUAAAAACCACGAGCGAACAUUUCAAAGUGGACACGUAAAACAAAUAAACAGUUAGGCAUUCGCGGAGGGCAGCUAUGCGUUCCUCUUCCGGGUUUUCAACGGACCAACGGGCGCAUUCGAAAGUCGCCAGCUAACAGGGGCGCUUUAAACAGCGAAACACCGGAAGUGCUUCCUGGACUCCUGCUCUAUAAAUACGCGUCUCGAACAACAGCGGUCCUGCAGACUCUUGCUUUUAUUCCGCCUACCGAGCCGCGUUACUCAUGAUGGCCUCCAGGAAGAGGAGCCUCCCGGCGAAGGAUCACAUGGCCGCCCUGAUCCUGGCGAGGGGGGGAAGCAAAGGGAUCCACCUGAAGAACAUCAAGAUGUUGGCCGGGGUCCCGUUGCUCGGAUGGGUGCUGAGGGCUGCUGUGGACUCCGACAUGUUUGACAGUGUUUGGGUUUCGACCGACCACGACGAGAUCGAGAAGGUGGCGAAAUCCUGGGGCGCCAAGGUGCACCGCAGGAGCCCCCAAGUCUCCAAAGACUCGUCCACGUCCCUGGAAACCAUCCAAGAGUUCAUCAGGAUCAACCCAGAGGUCGACGUGGUGUGUCACAUUCAGGCCACCUCCCCGUGUCUCCACCCGUUCCACCUGAAGGAGGCCCUGGAGAUGAUCACGGAGCAGGGCUUCGACUCGGUCUUCGCGGUCGUCCGGCGGCACCAGUUCCGCUGGAAGGAGGUCAAGAAAGGAUCCCCGCCUUCCUUCCUUCCAGCCGGUGAGAUUACCAAACCCUUCAAUCUGGACCCGGCCAACCGUCCGCGCCGCCAGGACUGGGAUGGCGAGCUGUCUGAGAACGGCUCCUUUUACUUCGCCACGAAGGACAUUGUGAACAAGGGUCUUCUGCAGGGCGGUAAGCUGGCGUACUACGAGAUGUUGCCAGAGUACAGCGUGGACAUCGACGUGGACAUCGACUGGCCUGUGGCAGAGCAGAGGGUCCUCCGGUACGGCUACUUCGGGCGCGCCACGCCGGAGGUGGUCCGUCUCAUGUUCUGCAACGUCUCCGGGUGUCUGACGGAGGGACGCAUCUUCCUGUCCAACUCCGGAGAGGAGAUGGUGUCGUUCCACACCAGAGACACCACGGGCAUCCGCAUGCUGCAGAAGGAACAAAUGGAGGUCGUGCUGUUGACGUCCAAGCUGGACUCUGUGAGCCGCUCGUUGGCCGACAAGCUGGCCAAGAGGACGGGCUGCGAGGUCGUGGAGGUGGGAGAGGAGCCCCUGGAUGAUCUGAAGCCGAUGGUGGAGCAGAGGAAGCUGGAGUGGAAGGACGUGGCGUACAUGGGCGUAGACGCGCAGGACGUCAAAUGUCUGAACCUGGCGGGUUUGAGCGCGGUGCCCAGAGACGCGCCGGUGGUCGCCGUCAACGCCACCAAGUACACCUGCCACCAUGCCGGCGGCGCGGGCGCCCUGAGGGAGUUCGCCGAGCACAUUCUCCUGCAGAAGGAAAAAGCCAAGUCGAUGGAUCAGCACCGCAUCGGCCGACAUGACUUUUAAUAAAAAGGCUUUGGGGUGCACAAAUAUUUAAUUAAUUUGAAAUAUAUUGGCAAGUCUACAAAAAAAGUAAAAAAUAUUAUGCAUGCUCUUUUUAGAAGUUUAAUUUUUACUGAAUCUGAAGUUAUCCACACUUGUUUUGACAGAUUUACCAAAUAAGUGACCCCUAAAUAUUUUAAGAUGUGUUAUGAAGCAGAAGAAACACAAUGUAUAUGAAUAGAUACAGUAUUUAAAAUGCCUAAGUAUGUUUAUAGAUCAUAAGCAUCUUUGAGUGUCUAUAUACAUUUGUAUUGUAGAUUAAACCAAAAUGUGUAUGAUCAGCAUAUGUAUCGAUGAACUGAGCAUUAAAAAAGUCGAAAAUGUCUGUUACAGUUUCCUCUAAAGCUCAAUAUGGAAAUAAUGAAGGACGUUAUAUACAUUUAUAAAAAAGUAUUUAUAUAUAAGUUUGGAUUUAUAAAUAUUUAGAUUUAUUUUUGAGAAAUUGGUGCGAUUACUUUAACUGGGUUUGCAAUUGUUUUUCAUGAUCAGCAUAUGUAUCGAUGAACUGAGCAUUAAAAGUCGAAAAUGUC